AUGGCUACAACUACUGAGAAAAAUUGUUGCUCUAUAUGUGGCAAAGAAAAAGUCGAAUCGAAAUGUGAAGGAUGUUCAAAAGAUUUUUGCUCGAGUCAUUUUACAGAUCAUCGUCAAGAACUGAGUAAAAAAAUGGAAGAAGUAGAAGUCACAUGUGACCUCUUUCGACAAACACUUACCGAACAAACAUCUCCACCAGCAAAACAUCCAGUGAUGCAAAACAUUGAUAAAUGGGAACAUGACUCUAUCAACAUAAUUCGACAAACAGCAGAAGAAGCUAGACAACUAUUACUCAAGCAUAUCACUGAAAAUGUUACUCAAACAGAACUUCACUUGAAUAAAUUAACUGAUCAAAUAUGGCAAACUCGUCAAGAAAAUAAUUUCGUGGAAACAGAUAUAAAUCAAUGGCAAGAAGACCUAUACAGAUUAAAGAAAGAACUCACCAAUCCAUCAAAUAUCAUAUUCCGACAAGAUUCUACACCACUUGUACACAAGAUUUUCGUCCACAUGAAAACUACACCACUAUAUGUACCAAACAUUAGUAUUAAUACAAAAUGGAUACAGAAUGGUAGUACUGUGGCUGGCGGUAAUGGACGAGGCAUUGGAUUGAAUCAAUUAAAUUAUCCACGCAGUAUCUUCAUUGACAUUGACCAGACUAUGUAUAUUGCUGAUUACUCGAAUCAUCGUAUUGUAGAAUGGAAGUAUGGAGCAGCCUGUGGUCAGGUUGUUGCUGGUGGAAAUAGGCUAGGAAAUAGAACUCAUCAAUUGAAUAAUCCAUCAGAUGUUAUUGUUGAUGAAGAACAAGAUUGUCUUAUCAUUUCUGAUUAUGGUAAUCGACGAGUAAUGCGAUGGCCUCGUCGAAAUGGCACAAAUGGACAAAUACUCAUAUCUGAUAUCGACUGCUCAGGAUUAACGAUGGAUAAUCAUGGAUUUCUAUACAUUUCAGAUUCACAGAAGCAUGAAGUAAGACGAUGGCGAAUGGGAGAUAGUAGUGGAAUAGUGGUAGCGGGUGGUAAUGGUAGAGGUAAUCGUCUUGAUCAGCUUAGCUUUCCUACCUCGAUAUUUGUCGAUCGAGAUCAUUCAGUUUACGUGUCGGAUUCAGAAAAUCAUCGUGUAAUGAAGUGGAUGAAAGGUGUAAAAGAAGGUAUUAUUGUUGCAGGUGGUCAAGAUAAAAAAAAAGGCUUAAUACAAUUAUCAUCCACUCGUGGAGUCUUCAGUGAUUCGUUGGGCACUGUAUAUGUUGUAGAUUGGAGUAAUGCUCGAGUAUUACGUUGGUCUAAAGGAGCUACCCAAGGUACUAUUGUUGUUGGUGGAAAUGGGGAAGGAGCAGAAGCUCAUCAGCUUCAUUGUCCAAUGGGCUUGUCGAUCGAUCGAUAUGGCAAUCUUUAUGUUGUUGAUAAUUCUAAUCAUCGAAUACAAAGAUUCAAUAUCGAUCCAAAAUCAACUUCACCUAAUUGA